AUGGCGUACCACGCUGGCAGUGUCACCGGACAACCGAAGCCCAAGGUCGUCUUCGUGCUCGGCGCCACGGCCACCGGAAAGUCCAAGCUCGCCAUCUUCAUCGCCAAGCGGUUCGGCGGCGAGGUCAUCAACUCCGACAAGAUCCAGGUGCACGAGGGGUUUCCCAUCAUCACCAACAAGGUCACCGAGGAGGAGACCGACGGCGUCCCCCACCACCUCCUCGGCGUCCUGCACCCAGACGCCGACUUCACCGCCGACGACUUCCGGCGCGAGGCGGCCGCCGCCAUCGCCCGCGUCCUCGCGGCCGGCCGCCUCCCCGUCGUGGCCGGCGGGUCGAACACCUACAUCGAGGCGCUGGUGGAGGGCUGCGGCGGCGCGUUCCGCGCGGCGCACGACUGCCUGUUCCUGUGGACGGACGCCUCGCCGGAGCUGCUGCGGUGGUACACCGGGGAGCGCGUGGACGACAUGGUGCGGCGCGGGCUGGUGGACGAGGCCCGCGCGGCGUUCGAUGCCGCCGCGGACUACACCCGUGGCGCGCGCCGCGCCAUCGGGCUCCCGGAGAUGCACGGAUACCUGCUCGCCGAGCGCUCCGGCGAGGAGGCCGAGCUCGCGUCCAUGCUCGAGCGCGCCGUGCGCGACAUCAAGGACAACACCUUCCGGCUCGCCGCCGCGCAGGUGGCCAAGAUCGGCCGCCUGAGCACGCUGGACGGGUGGGACGUCCGGCGCGUGGACGCGACCGCCGUGUUCACGCGCAUGGCGGAGGGCGCGCCCCACGGGGAGACGUGGGAAGCCGCGGUGUGGAAGCCGUGCGAGGCGACGGUAAACCGCUUCCUCGCGGCGGCGGACGACUACGCCGCCGCCGCCGUUUCGCCGGUCCAACCACUGGAGGCGGCGUGCCUGAGGCCGCAGCUGGUGCAGCUGUAA